AUGAGCUCCAUGCCAACAGACGACCUGACACUUUCGGUCAUUGAUGCUUCGGGUCGUCAGAUUAGUCUCCUUAACAAUGAUGCGCCCAACCCUGUACGAGUCAGUCUCCCAUUGCUGGCAGGCACAGCAACCUCAGACCAAGACAUACCAAUGUCGCCUUCAUCCCGGAUGCCCUCCUCACCAAACUCGUACUCUUCAGACGAAGCACCGGGCAGCAAUGGAUAUGACACAAACGGCACUCCCUCUGACCAACAAUCAAAGCGAAAAUACCACUGUUCAGAACCUGGGUGUACCAAGAGCUUCACCACGAGUGGACACCUGGCUCGGCACAACAGGAUCCACACCGGUGAAAAAAACUUUCCAUGCUUGUUUCCCGGUUGCCAAUCCCGCUUCUCACGCCAGGACAACAUGAUGCAGCACUAUCGAACACACAUGUCACCAAAGUCGAGAAGAACUCACAAGAAGUCUGCAGCAGAAGAGGCCCGGCCACGACCCCGUCUCCAUGCUCACCACCGGAUCCGCUCUGACCCUGUACAGGUCGAGCCACCUCUCACAAUCGACCAGCAUCUGAGCAACUAUCACCGCUCGCUCCGAACACCCGCACCUGCCGAACGAUUCUCACCUGUUCGAUGUAACCAGUUUCCAAAACCUCUCUUCAAUCCUGUAAUCCCAAAAAAGACCUCCUCUCCUAGACCUCACACACCUCAUACGCCUCAUACACCUCACACACCUCACACGCCUCCAUAUCUCGGACGCAGAUCAAGAUACAGACACAGCUGGAUCUUCAUCUGGUAG